AUGUCGACAAACACAGUCUACCUGAUCACCGGUGCAGCUCGUGGCAUUGGACGAGGUCUCACGAAGGCAUACUUAAGCCGCCCAAAUCAUACAGUGAUUGCAGCAGUUCGGGACGUCGGAACGGCAAAGGCGAAAGAAUUGCUCGCUCUUCCUAACGCUCAGGGGAGCAAAAUCAUUCUUGUGAAGAUUGAGAGUACCUCCGAAACAGAUCCAAAGGAUGUGGCUGCAUCCCUGGGCACUGAACACGGCAUCGUCAAGAUUGACGUGAUAAUCGCCAACUCCGGGAUUGCCAAUUACUACGGUCCGAUAAUCAGCACGCCCGUUGCAGAGCUUCGAGAGCAUCUUCAAGUGAACACGAUCGGGCCUAUCAUUCUGUUUCAGGCAAUGCUGCCAUUGCUGAGAGCCUCUCCCGGGCCGAAAUUCAUCGUGGUCUCAUCCAUCAUAGGCAGUAUUGCAAGUCUGAAAGAGCUCCCUGUCCCAGCGAGCGCAUACGGAGUCUCCAAGGCUGCCGUCAAUUAUCUCGUCCGCAAAAUCCAUUUUGAACACCCAGAGGUGGUGGCGUUCCCGAUUCAUCCAGGAUUGGUCCAGACGGAUAUGGGCAAUGAGGGUGCCGUGAAGUUCGGCUUUGAAGGGGCUCCGGUGACUGUUGCUGAUAGUGUAGCCGCGAUAACUUCCAAGAUCGACUCGGCUGAUCGUGAGGUGUCGGGGACUUUCGUGUCUUAUGACGGGACGAAUCCGCCAUGGUAG